CAUUAAAUAUGCGGUUCUGACUCUCGGUACACCGACACGGCUCAUGUGGUGGCAUAACACAAACACAAAACGCUGAUUUGACUAUCUACUCGUCCAUCUUUGAAAGCAUUUCGAUGUGUUGGCCGUGACGCCGAUUAUAACCACAGACUGACAUUUGCCAUCAGAGCGCGUGCACUGUAACGUAAACAGCAGAGAGGACUGCUGAGCGAGGUGACACUGUGGCCCCGAUGGCCAAGAACACGCUUUCUUCGCGCUUCAGAAAGGUAGACAUUGAUGAAUUCGACGAGAAUAAAUUCGUGGACGAUCACGACGAGGCAGCCGAUCAACAGGGACCCGAUGCGGCGGAGGUCGACAACCUUAUCAGGCAAGGGGACAUGAUGGCGGCCCUUCACGUUGCUCUUAGGAAUCCUCCAAUCAACAGCAAGAACCCUGCAAUAAAGGAAAGAGCUCAGACUGUGGUUUUAAGGGUGCUGACAUCAUUUAGAAGCAGUGAUAUAGAGUCAGCUGUUAAAUCGCUCGACAAGAAUGGAGUCGAUCUUCUCAUGAAGUACAUCUACAGGGGUUUUGAGAAGCCAACAGAUAAUAGCAGUGCCAUAUUGCUACAGUGGCAUGAAAAGGCAUUUGCCAUUGGAGGACAAGGAUCUAUUGUUAGAGUAAUGACAGCCAGGAAGACUGUAUGACUACCUGACCAGACCUGAAAACAAUGCCACUAAAAGACACCAAGGACUUAAGGCAAGCUUGCCUCUCAAUCAGAGGAAAGAAAACAUCGUUUUUGAUGCUACUGUGUCCUGACGAAGAAAAGAAUAGAAACUUUAAACAGUAGAGAAACAGAAGCACUUGUUCAAACUGAAAAAAAAUCUUGUGUGAAGGUUCACUUUAUUAUGCUAAUAUAUCAUAAAUUGUUCUAUGAUAUAUUGGAAUGAAAAAUUAGACAUGGUUUUGUGUAAAAACAAUAAUUAAGAAUACAGAAUAUAUGCUGGAGACAAGAAACCAUCCCAGUGGACAUGCUUUGAGUUUUAUGGUGAUACAGGAUUCUGCACAUACCAUUAGGUGAGUUUAAGCCGCUAAAGCGAGUUAGUCCAUCUUUAAGACUGAUCUGAUUUGAGGUGUUUUCCAAGCUGUUUCAGACAUUUAGAUUUAAUUCUAUGUUUUAUUUUAUUUCACAUCUUUGGUCCCACGCUCUUUUGUUUGUGCAGAGGUUUAAUAGUAAAGCCAGUGAUGUACACCGAAGGAAUAUAGUGGGGAUCAUUGUAAAGUGCCUGCUGCAAUAAAGUUAUUGGAUCUCC